CAAUCCCCGCCUGCGCCUCGGCUGGCAGCCCCCCUCAAUUAUUUUCUCUGCUGCUCUUGGCGACCAUCAUACUGGCUGUCAGGAAGAGGCAAGAGGGAGAAAGGGAAGCGGUUACCGAGAAGGGGAGGAGGGAGGGGGGGUACGGCAGAAAGAUUUUUUUUCCCCCCAUAUUUUUUAUUUUUAUAUUCACACGUUUAUGGAGCUAGAGGAAUGCGAUGUGAUAGCUGGUCCCACCGCGUGUUACCCUCUGAACCGCACCGCCAGAGGGAUAUGAGCUCUGGUUCUUUAGCUUGCUGUUUUUUGCAGACAAAAGAGAGCAGCUGAAAAAAGGUUUUGGUAUCCUGAUCAAUGGAGAAGGUGGGAAAGAUGUGGAGCAACCUGAAGAACAGAUGUCAGAACCUGUUCCUUCCGGAUGGCUUGAGCCGGAGCGAGAGCAUGGAGAUGAGCUCGGGUAGGUGUGGCACAGAUCCCAGCCCCUCUGAUCCCGCCCCCCCGAGAGCGGCCAGCCCCCCGCGGGGCAUCACCCCCCUGCCCCUCGUCUCGGAGGGGUUGCAGGCCGCGGCGCGGAGAAGCCACAACUGCGUCUCUGACAUCCCUCAGAUCGUGGAGAUCACGAUCGACAAAGAGAGCGAGGACCCUCGAGCGGCAGGAGGUGCCCGGCUGGCCCGGAGAGACUCGUAUUCCCGGCAUGCCCCCUGGGGGGGCAAAAAGAAGCAUUCGUGCUCCACCAAGACCCAGAGCUCCCUGGAGACGGACAAGCGUUUCGGCCGGGCCCGGGGCGGGCUGCAGAGGCGGGAGCGGCGGUAUGGCGUGAGUUCCAUUCACGAUAUGGACUCCUCCACCGGCCGCAGCCUGAGCGCGCACUCCCUGCGGCAGCGGCUCCACGACACGGUGGGCCUGUGCUUCCCCCUGCGUUCGCACUCUCGCUCCUCCAAGGCACUCUUCUCCACCAAGCGCAAGAUCCACCUGUCCGAGCUGAUGCUGGAGAAGUGCCCCUUCCCGGCAGGCUCGGACCUGGCUCAGAAGUGGCACCUUAUCAAGCAGCACACGGCGCCGGUCAGCCCCCAGUCCUCCACCGCCAUGCUGGAUGCGUUCGAUCCCGCCUUUCUCUCCCCGGAGGAUGAAGAGGACCGGCUGCGGGAGAGACGGCGGCUCAGCAUCGAGGAAGGGGUUGACCCGCCGCCCAACGCCCAGAUCCACACCUUUGAAGCCACAGCUCAGGUGAACUCUCUCUACAAGCUGGGACCAAAGCUCGCCCCAGGGAUGGGCGAGGGCGCCGGGGACGGCCGGCUCGGAGCAGGAGGGGGCGCCGGAGGGUCAGGAACAGGGGGAGCUGCGGCCCUGGCGACGGCAGCCCCGGCGGCCGCGGCCGCUCCCCUGCAGGUGGACUGCGACUCGGAGGAGGACUCGACCACACUCUGCCUGCAGUCGCGCAGGCCCAAGCAGCGGCACAUGUCCGGGGAAAUCCAUUUCAGCCGGCAGGGGCCCUGGAAAGUGCACACACAGAUCGAUUACAUCCACUGCCUGGUGCCAGACCUCCUGCAGAUCACCAGCAAUCCCUGCUACUGGGGGGUGAUGGACCGCUACGAGGCAGAGGCUUUGCUGGAGGGCAAGCCCGAGGGCACUUUCCUGCUCAGGGACUCUGCCCAGGAGGACUACCUCUUUUCCGUCAGCUUCCGCCGCUACAACCGCUCGCUGCACGCGCGCAUCGAGCAGUGGAACCACAACUUCAGCUUCGACGCACACGACCCCUGCGUUUUCCACUCCUCUACCGUCACUGGCCUGCUGGAGCAUUACAAGGACCCCAGCUCCUGCAUGUUCUUCGAGCCUCUGCUCACCGUGCCCCUCAACAGAACUUUCCCCUUCAGCCUGCAGCACAUCUGCCGGGCUGCCAUAUGCCGCUGCACCACCUACGACGGCAUAGGGCUGCUGCCCCUGCCCUCCAUGCUGCAGGACUUCUUGAAGGAAUAUCACUACAAGCAGAAGGUUCGGGUGAGGUGGCUGGAGCGGGAGCCGGUUAAGAUCAAAUAAGAACCGGAACAGGAAAGACUGGGGGUUGGAAACGACGACGACAACAAACAACAAAACGAAAAAGUGUCCAAACCCUUUCCGUACUGUCUUUUCAAUGUGGGGGUUGAGGUGGCGCUGGCGAAAUACUAAAGUACAUUAUAAGCUCUUAUUUUUAGUUAUCACCUACAUCACAUUUAGUACGCCCGCUGGCAAGCACAUGUUUUCCCGUCAAGCUUUAUUGUAAAAGUAACAAAUUGUAGCAGUUCAGUUUUGGCAAUUGCUGUUUCAGCUGCUUCCUGCUAGGUGACAAAAGCGUUGCAAAGCCUGUAUUGGAAUACAGGCCUAAGCCCUAAAGUGAAGUCUGCAUGCACCAUCCUAAAGCUUGAACUCAAGCUAACUUUCACUAAGUUGUACUGUUUCCUUGUGCUUUUUUCCUUUCUCUUAAAGCAACUAUGGGGUUCUGUAUUGUAUGAUUGAAAAUGCAGUAUUUAUCUCAAAGGGCAGUCAAAUCUGCUGGCUCAUAGGACAUAAAUGCUUAGGGAAUAUAUUUAUCACUAUUCUGUAUUGUAAAAAAUACACAUAAUGCUGUACUUGUCUGUAAAGGCAUUAGCCCUGUUUGAAAACUCUCAAGUUCAGAUGUGAAACGCAUUCUCCACACUUUAUUCAGUGGGUAUGUGUCCAGACUAAGUGUCUGGUGGAGGCAAUCGUGGAGAGAAAGUGUAAUUCCAGCCGGUGAGUGCUCGCUGUGUAUGUCUGCACCUCUCAUUGAAGAAAGUUUACUACGCAUAAAUGUACCGAGCCCUCACACAUUUCGUCUCUUCCAGGAAAUGCAGUUUGUGCCCACGGUUCAAUGUUUAACACAUUACACCAUGACAGGUGCCUGUGCGAGACACAUUUGUACACACCGACUUUUUAAAUUAAUUUAAAUUGACGCAUGUUAACUAGCACUUUUGCACACGGAGUGCAGUUUUUUUAGCGAGAUCUCUGGGUUCCUCCAUAGACUUGAGUUUGUGGAGAGGACUGUUUUUGCAGUGGUGCACACGGCUAUGGAUGCAGCACAAAGCACAAGCAAUGUUAUCUAUAAGGGACCACCCGUUGCUAGGAUGAGCUGCUGACAAAGUAUGUGCACUGACGACAGUUUCCCUCAGGCAUGCUUUUCUAUGCAUCCUCUAUUCUUUCACCCUAGUGGAUUACAGAUGUGCUCUUAAUACCAGAACAGCAAGAUUCACCAGGUUCUAGAUCCCAGAAUGAAGGAAUAGAGGCAAAAGUUUUGUUUUAGGGCACUUAAUUCAGUUUUCUUGCACUUUUCAAUAUCAAAAAGAUGACUUACCUUCAGAUUGAGGUCUUGUUUUCCCCAGAGAUUCUUUUCGUCAUGCUGGACAUGAUAUUUAUUUUAAGUUAGCCUAGAUAAUCCUUGUGACCUAAUAGUCAACCUAUUGCUUUGCAACACGAACAGAAACUCUCUUAUUACCUUUUGUAUUUUACAUAUUUUAUUACACAAUGAUGCAUUGUGUGAGCCCUAAGUUUAUGUUUUUUGUCUUAUUAGGUUAAGACUCAUGUGACAAAUCAGAUCUCCAUAGUUGCUUAGUGCACUGCUUAUUGUAAUACAGUACAUUCAAUACACUUACAGUAAGAAUUGUCUUGCCAGACUCUAUAGAACUUGUGUUCAACACUAACCCUCUCCAGUAUCCAGCAUAAUGUCAUAGCUUGCAUAAAAAAGAUGACAAACGAUGUGCCUUGAUAAUGGCUUUUAUUUUACUUCCUUUGAUGCGGAAUAAUUGCUAAAUAAUGCUUUACUGGGUAUAUAUAAACUUUGUUUUUGCAAAUGGAGCAGAACAUAUUUUGAGAUAUAAUGAAUUCUAUCUUAUGCACCCUGAACAUACCUGUUUAAGGGAACAGUGAUGAAGAUGAUGCAUAUAAAAAGCCAGAAUAUUAAAGUACUGUGCUUGCUCUUAGGAUUUGGUGCAUGUUUUGUUACAGUAUUGAGGAUGUUGAUGUGGUUCUGAUCUUGGGUUUUUCAGUGAUCAGAGAACCUGAAAAAGAAUUACAUAAUGAUUUGGUAGGUAAUGCCAUGAGACAAAGGCAUUGAAUAGGCUAUACUUACAAAUUUCACAUUGAAAAAUACUGAAAUAUUUUUGAACAAGGCCAAUAUUAAAGAAACAUUUGCUAUUUCUUUUAAUACAUUUGCGUCUCAUGCAGGAAAUGUUUUUCUUUGACAGUAGUAAAACAGGGAAUUCCACACCAAUCUUUUAAUUCAGAUAAAGUUGGUCUCCAAAUUCUUUACAGAGAAAUUUAUUCCAACACUAAUCAACAUUUCAUUUAAUUGGCACUCCAUGUAAAAAGAAAAGAAUAUGUACUGUAUGUUUUCAAUCUCAAUGAUACUUUUUUAUGAUUAAAUAACCUGUUACAGAAAAGGUAUUUACUCCAUUCUUUUUGGUAUAAGAAGGCCUAGCUAAUAUUCACGGUUUAAAGUACUAAUUCAUGAAAAUGUAAUUUUUAUACAAAUUCAGGAUAAGGGCAGAUUAGUGUUUCUCCAAGUGAUAGGUUGUAUUUUAGAAGUUGCCCUAUGUUUUUUAUGGAACAUAUAGAUUUACAUAAAUUAUUUUAAUAUUGGAUGAUAUUUUUGGGAAAUUGAAGCAUAAGAGGUCAAUGUCAGAAACAAAUGCCCAAAACAAGUAACAUGCACCUUUUUCCACAAACACAUUAAGGCUUUUUGGGGUGAUUUAAUAAACAUGAGAUAUUAGGGUCUGUUUGCACAUCAUUUUUUUUCUAGUCUGAAAGUCUGAAUUAAGUUUUUCCAAUUUAAAGGAAUCAAUAGGACUCUGGGUUUUAAGUAACCUCAACGAUGCUCUGUUUAUUGAAGAUUUUAACUGUAGUCUGUUUUUAGAGAGAGCAAUACACAUUUUACAUAUGCAUGUUUUGAAGUGACCAAAGCCUGUGGUUUUCAAAAUUUUGCAAAACAUAUUAAAAGCUUGCCUCUAGAAGAUUGUGGACUAUCAUACUGUAUGUUCUUCAUGAACAGAUUUGGCAGGCAAGUAUGUGGGAGGUUCUCUUUUUCUGGUUUAACGUUUCAAAAUGAAAAGGACUUCACUGGUGACUAGCGGUAAGGAUCCAGACCUGUGUGGAGGAAGAGUGAAGUGUUGUGCACUAUUUAAACCCUUACUGUCCUUUCAUCUACCCAGAAGUGCCUAUUUUGUGAAAACCCUAGAUUCUUCACUCAACAUCCUCUUUGCAAAUUGCUAGUGUAGUGUUGAUUUACAACACUACUAUUUGUGCAAUAAAGUUGGCCUACUAAGUAAAGAGACACUAAUCAUUCAAAGCUUCUCAAAAAUGUUAAAUCUGUAGAAAAGAGUUCUAUUAUAACAAAACUUGCUUUGGGGCAUUUGUGUUUUUCACAGGGUGACUCAAUAAGAGGGGGAGACAGAGGAGAGUUUAGAAAGGGACAUUUCAAUAAAACACUGUGAAAAAAUCAAGAAACUAAAGUCCCUAAUGUUUGCAAUGCAGUGUUUUAACUGUGGCUCCUUAGUGCUUUCCUCUCAAACCCUUAGUCUAGCCCAUGUAGUCGCACCUUGAAAUAUUUUCUUUUCUCUUGUUUGGGUCACCCUGUAAAUAUGCCAGUUAUUCAUGUAUGUUUUUUUUGUUCUUGCAAACAGCUGGAAUAUAAUGCAUAUGAAAUCUAUAGUGUUUAUUUGUAUCUACACAUGCUUACGUUGUUUAAAGCUUUUCAUAUUAUCCUCACCAGCAUGGAUGUGAAGUUGUACACAAAUAUAUGUUGUUUCCCCCUUCUGUAUUCCCCAGGGCUUUCCAAAAUUCAGGUUCAUUGCUUCACAGCCAAUGGGCUGUUGAACUGUGGUUCAUGGGCUGGUUUGGAAUAACGUUUCUGUCAGGGUUAUGGUAGACUUGCCUCUGGAGUAUAGCAGCUACACCUUCAUUAAUAACUGCCUGAGGUACCACCAGAGAAAGUGUAACAUUGUGACCAGGAGCCUGUCUGAUUACGUCCAUGCUGUAGUAAUUAGAAGUCUAAAUAUAAGUUUGUUUAAACUUAGCUUUUGCUAAAAAAGCCUUUCCUGAGUUUUUAUUUACUGUGCUGGUUUGGGUGUACAGAAGGGUUAUUCUGUUUCUGUUUGCUCUCAUGCUCUAUGUCCUGUUGAUUUUCUGAUGGCUUUGGGUCUCUUUUUGUUGUUUCGCUACAGAAUAAAAGGCGCAUCGGUAAUGAAGCCAGAAGUACUAAUCUAUAUUAAGAAUUUGUGCAAUAAUGAGCCCACAACGCAGUCUGCUGUUGACAACUAUAUAAUUUUAGUUUUUACAUUAAGUGGGGUGAUUUUAAAUUAAAAAUUUGGUUCAGUGAAACCUUAGCUUAUUAGAAAAUGAAUGCUAAAAUAACCAUGUCAGCUAACAGAUGGUGACUCUAAGAAAAAAUGAAAAUGUAACUAAUUAUUUUGGACUGCAGCAAGCCACGAUCAUUAACAUUUGAACUUUGCUGCCUUGGCUGUAGUCCAUGUCUAAGAUCAUUAUCAUUAGUAUGAAAUGAAAGCUUUUGUGUGCAGAAAUCUUGCUUAUAGACUCCAGGUUUAAAAGUCCUUAUCCUGUUAGUGUUUGAAAACAAAUGAGAAGGAGAGCUUCUAUCGCAUUAGUUUGAACAUACAGGUAAAAUGGAAAUUGCAGUAGUUUUCCUUAACUUGCAGUACUGAUUAUAAUCAUAAAAAAAUUAGAAACACUUUCUUUUUAUUAAUUUCUUGUGGACAGCAUCCAGUCAUUUGGACACUUUUUAUGGCACAUCCAUUCCAGUGUGAGUAAUUUUGUACACUGACAAAGCCAAGGAGUACAGUAAUUCUGACCAGCUCAUUUUCUUCUUGUGUUACCUCCCGGUGAUCGAACAUUGCUAGUUUCAAAGCGGUUAGGUGAUUCUUUCAGAAAGGAGGAAGCUGAAACAGUUGGUGAAACUGAAUUCACAGUGCUUAAUUGUGAGUCACUGCAUACAAAUAAGAUUCAUCCUGAAAUGAUUCACAUCUUUUCAUGGCAUUACUUUAAGGGUCCCGCAAGAAUGGGUUCCCAAACGCAUUAAGUAACAGUAUUCCUGGAAAUUUAGGUUCAGUAUGCACAAAGUAAAAUGAUCUCUAGAAUUUGUUAAGAGUCUCAAAGGGUCUGACAAUGCAUAACAUAGCUCUGAGUCCACAUGGAAAAGUGCAUGAUCUGCUCAAAAAGGAGAAUGUGUACUUUUUAGAUUUGGCUGUAUUGUAGACACAGUUAUGAAAUGAUAUGUUGGCUAUAAAUAUGCCAGCUAAUUUCAUGGAGCACAAAUAAGAGAUAGAAAUGUUUGUUUUUGUUAAUGCAAAGUAAAAGGAUAGUGUUGUCUUUAGAGGCUGCCCUAGGGAUUUUUCACUUAUGUUCUUUAGUUUGUUAUUUAGCUCUCCAAGAGGGAAGAUCAAAGUAAUUUCCACUUAAAUAUUAAGUUACCUGUUCUGUUCAGAAUGCAAAUUUUAACAACAGUAGCUUUAGUCAUGUUUGAGACCAUCUACAAAAUAUUCAAAUCAAUUCAGUUAUUCUUUAUUUUGUAUCAAUUUCCAAUUGAAAAUUCGAAUGAUAAAGAAUAACAGCAUCAUGAAAAGAGAACUGAGCAACAUGAUUAUUUAAGAUUUUGGAAGAGAUGUUAAACCAUCUCUUCCAAAAUCUAAAGAUUCAACUUUGUAUGGGUAAGGUUGAUAAUGCUGGCGUCCUGGAUAAAUUCCACUCUGAUCUUGCACAAACUGGCCUCUCCAAAGUUUUCCCCCCAGUGCAAUUGAUGAUGCGGUUUCUCACUUAUUGAACUGAUCUGGUGUGUAGUGGGACUGUUGAUAGUAAUGACUGCCCUGUGUCGUAGGUAGGUAGCUACUGCUCUUCAGUGGUGAAUGAAGUGGGUCCACUCUUAUAUGUGAAGCACUUUGGGAUCCUUUAGGAUGAAAAUUGGAAUAGAAAUGCAAUUAAUUGUUAUUAUUAAAAGAAUGAAUGAAUGCAUUUAACACCAAUUAUGUCUGAAAGCAGAAGUCGAAGACAACAUAUUUGUCAUUUAUUUCAGGUAAAGGGUUGGUUUUCUUUGACUUGUUAAGUGUGCUUAAUUAGUAAGGUUUAAUGAUGCAAUAUGUAAAUAGAAAUUGCAGAAUAUAGUUCAGGUUUCUUGUUCCUGCUCCCUGAUAUGCAGUUGAGUGUAAUAUAACCACGGUUAAAGUUUUUGGUCACUAAAUGCUAUGUAUGCACCUUCACUGGUGUCAUUCGCCACGAUGGCCAUGGCAACAGGAUUUAACAAUGAUGGGACUAACGAACCGGGCAUUUUUCAAGCAUGAGCAUCUUUAAGGCCUUACUUUGCGUGAUGCAACAAGACUUCCUGCUCUGAAGUUCCAUCUGCAGCCCUGGGCUUCUCAAUACUCUGUGGAGCGAUCUAGCACUCAAAUCUGUUUUUACACUGCCUCCGGUUUAAAAGGACUAAAAACGUUUUCCCUUUUUGCAGGUGUAUUGUGCUCUUAUCCACGUUUCUGUUCCCUCUAUGCUCUUCUGUAUUGUGUCCAACUACAGUAUAUGCUAGUUCUGAGUAGAUGCAGUUUUGCGUUACAAUUUAUCUUCACUGCAGAGAUGUAUGGUGCAACACCGCUGUCGCUCUUGGUGCUUUGCCUUGCGCUGCGUUGUCUUAAUAUUCCAAAUAAAACCAUUCUGUGUAACCUCUA